AUGACGUCACAUAUAAACAGGAAAUAACGAUAGUGAGCGGUGCUGUGGAAAUCACGACCUGUCGGAUUUAAAACAUUAAGACACAAAUACAAUGUAAAGCUAUCAGUAACAGAGUUAAGACGGACGAAGUCUGAGUUUAGUCCCAGUAGGACCAAACGAUGUGUCGUUUUCCCAGCUCCAGGAAAUCAGCAGGCUCAAUGGUCCAGAAUGGCACAGAUCAGGUCCUGCAGCACGUCAAACCUGUGAGCUCAUCACGCUGCUACACUGCAGGGAAAGAUGAGUACUGUUCAUCGAUCAUGAAAUUCCAAGUUUGUAAAAGAAAGGUCCGCACAUGCCUUCCAAGGGUCAUGAGGGCUGUCCCAGCUGUCUUUGGGGAGGAGGCAGGGUGCACCGUGCACAUAGAGACAGACAACUAUUCACACUCACAUUCACACCUAUGGGCAAUUUAGAAUCACCAGUUAACGUAACCCCACCAAUUGCAUGUCUCUUUAUUCAUUUAUUUGGGACUUAAAUCAUUUUAGGCAGUGAGAUAAGGUUCAAUGAACUGUGUUUUUAGAAUAGUUUCAUUUAAUUAAUGACAGGCAUUGUUUUUUUGUUGGUUUUUUUACAUUUCAAAAUUAGCAGUGUAGUUUUCUUGCCAAUGGUUUCUGUAUUUAACUGGGAUGUUGUAAAUAUAACCAGCAGACAUGAUGGCAAAGGAUUGAUCUGUGAACUCUGUCUAUAUGGCAAAUAAAUGUCUACCUGUGCUAACCAAGAUGCAUUGUAAGCAGGUGUAUUUAUCUUAUUUCCACCAGUCCUGAUAUGAGAGUAAUUCUUUCACCUAGCAUGUAACAAAUAAAUCUAAACCAAUUAAAAAAGUGAUUGGUGAUUAUACCCCCCACAUUCCAUACAUUAUACACCUCUCCAGAAGUCCCACAGUCACUGUGAGUGGAAACACAUUUAAAAAAUGUUUGUACAAAAUGACCUUGGGCACCUUAAAUAGCAACAUAAUGGCUUCUUACACAAAAAAUACAAUUUCUAAUCUGACAACUUAAAUAUAAACUUUAAAAAAAGUAUAUUAUAAAGUAUAUUAUUAGUAUAUUUCACAAAUAAUUCUUUUUAAAUAUUGUUUCAGUAAAAAUGUUUAAAAUCCACAGUAUACUACUAAUAUUUUUCAAAUCUAUUACAAUUGACUGUGCUGUUCUCAUUGUCAAAUGCAAAUUCUUUUUCAUUAGGUGUAUUUCGUCCUAUAUGAUAGGGCAUGGUCUAGAAGUUACUCGAUAGUCAUUUGCAAUUACACUGUAAGGAGGGGAAGUCUUAUUUCCUAUUUACCCAUUGGUAAAACUAAAUACCUACACUAACUGAGCAAAAGAAUGAGAAACAAUAUACAGAAUCUUCAAGUUUUAUUCGUUUUGUCCCUUUUACCAGGACAAGGUAACUCCAUAAACCUUUUUUUAGGUUUGCUCCCUUAUGAAUGAGGAGACACGCUGAAGCUCACUCACCAGAUAGCUUCCAACUGUCUUUACUUGUAAGCACAAUCAAUGAAGAACAGUUACAACCCACUCACUGAAUAAUGAUUUGUUUUCACAAUCUAAGAAGAGAAGGUUUACAUGCUCCAUAAUAUAGGCUGCAUCAAAAAUAUUGUGUAGUUAAAAUGUGCAAACAUCAUUAUUUUCUUGUUGUUUUGUUGAAAAACAACAAAAAUCUAUCUAGUACAAUCAUCUUUUUUUUUUUUUUUAAAUACUCAGAAGGUACUCAUUAGUUUAAAAAAAUAGAUGAAGCAUCCAUGCAUGUAAUUUGAAAGCUUUGUCAUAAUUUCUUUCUCUUGCUGUGUAUUUUUAAUCUUUACUGUAAAAAUCCAGGUCAAAAGAAAAUUAAACCAUGAGUCACGGGCAAGCAACAUGACUUACUAUGUGUUAAUAGACCUCUCUCCAUUGACUCAUACUUGUUAUUAAUCCCUGUCUUUCUUCUUCCCCAACCGGUUGCGGCAGAUGGCCGCCCCUCCGUGAGGCUGCUUCUGCCAGAGGUUUCUUCCUGUUAAAAGAGAGUUUUUCCUUCCCACUGUCGCCAAAGUGCUUGCUCAUAAGGGGUCAUACGAUUGUUGGGUUUUUCUCUAUAUGUAUUAUUGUAGGAUCGAUCUUACAAUAUAAAGCGCUUUGUUUGUAUAGCGACUUUUGUAUUGAUUUUGCGCUGUAUAAAUAAAAUUCAAUUGAAUUGACCGUGGACCACAAAUUACGCCCUUGGAACUGUUCUGUAGGAUGGAUGUCUGGAAGGAUGGCUGGCUUUGUUGCCUCAUUGUCCUAAAUAGAGCCAACAUUGUGAUAAAGUGCAUGUUCAUGGUAAAUCAUCUCUUUCUGUCAGUUUAAUGUUAAUGUUCACCCAGACUAACCUGAAGUAACUCGGAUAUUGGAACAAGCUCAGGUUUAGUGCAUUCAUUUGUAUUUGACAUCUUCACUGAAUAGUUUAUUCAUUUUCCUGAAGAUCAAGCAGAUGUGGAUCAUUAGACAUUUGUGUUGGCACAAAUAAGACAUGAAAGUAGGAAAUACAAUUUCAAGAGAAACGUUUUAUUGUAAUUUGUUAACUGCUGGCCAUUUAUUUUAUGGAUUUUUGUCUCUGCUGUGCUCUCUCUCUGUUUCCCAUUUUCAGAAUACUGUGAAGUCUACCAUCCAUAGCUCAUACGCAGACAGACAUUAUGACUUCUGCAAAUUCCAACCACUGUCCCUUAAGGAGACUCAUGAAGAAUACCUCCUAAUGAAGUCCAUCGCUUGGCCUGAAACUCCACCUUUACCAUUUCCUCAUUACCUGAGCAAGACCAGUGAUCCCUCACACAGCAGCUUCACCAUUCUCUCAGGGAGGGAAGACGGAGAGUGGCACAAAGAUGAUAACCUGGAGAUUCUGAUCAAAAUGUACGACUUCCAGGGGCUUCCAAAGAAAUUUGGGGGAGACAUUUUACUUGCCCGGCUCCAUAACCCAACUCUUGGUGCAGGUGUGGUAGGGCAAGUGGUGGAUCAUCUCAAUGGCUCCUAUUCCGCUGUGUUCUAUUUACCCUGGGAAGGAAACGCAGAGGUUGAGGUAACACUGGUUCACCCCAGUGAGGCAAUUACAGUGCUGCACAGUCUGACCAGAAAACACCCUGACAGGAUUUACUUCAAGAGCCUCUUCCGCUCAGGCUACAUCAAUGAAACUACUGUCUGUAACGUAUGUUUGCGUCCAACCCAGCAGCCUGUGUGCAACUACACUGACCUCCGUACAGGCGAGCCGUGGUUCUGCUACAAGCCAAAGAAUCUGAGUUGUGAUACCAGGAUCAAUCACUCCAAAGGAAGGCUUAAAAAAAACCUCAUGACCACAGAGACCCUUUUUCAAAGUGGUGUCAACAUGAAAGUCUCCAUUCCAGCUUCAGGACCUUCCGGUGUCACUGUUUUGCCAAAAACUAAAGGAUGGUCCAUGGUGAGUAGCCGCACUGUGAAGUCUAGACCCUCUGGGUAUUAUUUCCACAGUGUGUGGCGAGCAUUACGUGGCCCCAGUGUUCCUCACUUCAACACUUCCUCAGCUAUCACUCAGUGUCUGAAAGGAAAGGUGGUUCAUAUAUACGGAGACUCCACCGUCAGGCAGUGGUUUGAAUACUUUAACGCAACACUACCAGAUCUUAAGGAGUUUAACCUGCAUAGCCAGAAAAAAAUUGGACCUUAUAUGGCUCUGGACUAUGCGAACAACAUCUUGGUGACAUACCGCUGCCAUGGUCCUCCUAUCAGGUUUUCCAAAGUCCCAAUCACCGAGUUGCGCUAUAUUGCCAACGAACUAGACAGCGUGACUGGAGGCAGCGAGACCGUCGUAGUUCUUGGCAUUUGGUCGCACUUCAGCACUUUCCCCGUUGAGGUCUACAUCCGGCGUCUGCAGAGCAUCCGCAGGGCGGUGGUGCGGCUGCUGUCCAGGGCUCCAGAUACACUGGUUGUCAUUCGGACUGCAAACCCAAAAAAUCUAACGCUCUAUGAGACAAUCACUAACAGCGACUGGUACUCGCUGCAGCGUGACAAGGUGCUCAGGGCUAUGUUCAAAGGACUGAAUGUCCAUCUGGUGGAUGCUUGGGAGAUGGUCGUGGCCCACAACCUGCCACAUGAACUCCACCCACAGCCUCCAAUUAUUGAAAACAUGAUUAAUGUUCUCCUGUCCUACAUAUGCCCUAAAAAAGGUGGCUAGAUGUGAU